CCUCAAUUUUUUUCUUUUUUGAAGACACAUAACCCUUAUAUCACCCAAAUAUGUCUACCUUAUACAAAGCUGCUGAAUUGGUCAAGACCAAAUCCAAUGACCGCAAGUCUAAGGAUAAGAGAAUCAACAAACAAAGAGUCAUGAUGCUUUCUUCUCGUGGUGUCACUUUCCGUUAUCGUCAUUUGCUCACUGAUUUGGAGAGCUUGAUGCCUCAUUCCAAGAAGGAUGCCAAACUUGAUACAAAGAACAACCUUUAUGUUUUAAACGAAUUGGCCGAUCUCAACAACUGUAACAAUGCAGUAUUUUUCGAAGUGAGAAAGAAGCAGGAUUUAUAUGUUUGGAUGGCAAAGACACCCAACGGACCUUCUGUCAAGUUCCAUCUCCAAAAUUUGCAUACCAUGGAUGAAUUGAAGAUGACUGGUAACUGUUUGAAGGGCUCUAGACACAUUUUGUCUUUUGAUAAGACAUUUGAUUCUGCUCCUCAUUGGAGUCUCUUAAAGGAAUUACUGGGUCAAGUAUUCAAUGUGCCUAAGGGUUCUAGACGUUCAAAGCCUUUUGUUGAUCAUGUUUUAUCUUUCUCUAUUGUCGAUAACAAGGUUUGGUUCAGAAAUUACCAGAUUGUCGAAAAGAAUGUCUUAAACACACCUGGAUUCAACCCUUUGGAUAAAGAGGAUAUUUCUUUAGUCGAAAUUGGUCCUCGUUUCUGUCUUACCCCCAUCCGUAUCUUUGAAGGUUCUUUCGGCGGUCCCACAGUAUUCGAAAACCCUGAAUUUGUUCAUCCCAACUUUGUUCGUCAAGCUCUCCGUAAGGAUAAGCUCCAAAAGUAUAGUUUAAGACAAAAGGGCAACUUUGAACGUGAAUCUAGAUUAGCAGCUGCUGAGGAAAGCAGAGAGACCGAAGCAAGUGAUAAGCGUGUCUUCAAGUAAAUAUUAAAUAAAUCAUAAUGCAUUUUACAUGGGCGUGUGUAUAAAA